GCUUGUAUCUAAUAAGAAGAAGCAGUCGCAUUUUGCAACGAAUAUUUUGGUGAAAAGCGAAAAACGUAAAUACUAGCAAACAUCAUGGCUGGACGUGAAGCCGUUAAACGUGCUGUACAACAAGUGCGCCCAAUACUCUCUGUUGACCGAGAAGAGGCACGCAAGCGUGCACUGAAUCUGUACAAAGCUUGGUACCGUCAAAUGCCCUAUAUCGUAAUGGACUACGACAUACCCAUGAGUGUGGAGCAGUGCCGUUCUAAGCUGCGAGAGGAAUUCUCCAAGAACCGCAACGUUACUGAUAUCCGUGUCAUUGAUAUGCUGGUCAUCAAGGGUCAAAUGGAGCUGAAGGAAUCCGUGGAAAUCUGGAAGCAAAAGGGUCACAUUAUGCGUUAUUGGAAGGAAUCGCAGGAUCCAAAACCCACAGAUUUUCUGUCAAAGUUCAUUCAGGGCAUUAAUUAGAUUAACUCCAAUAAUAAUGCUUAACAAAUUUAAAUAGU